AUGUUGUAAUAAAUAAUAGAUAAAGAUAGAGAAAAAAUAGAGUUAUAUUUCUCAGGUAGAGGUUUAGCUGACAAAGAUGUAAUGUCGUAAAGUGAUCCUUAAUGUUAUAUCUAUUUAAAGUAAGGAUAAGACGGAUAUGAGAAAUUAAUUGGCAAAACAGAAGUAAAAGAUAACAACCUUAAUCCUGAUUGGAAAGUAUUACUAUAUCAAUAAUUCUAGACAUCAGUUGUAUUGGACUUUAUAUUUGAAAUAAAUCAGUUCUUAAGGAUUGUUGUUAUGGAUCAUGAUGGGGAGAAAGUUGAAAAUGAUGAUAUAAUAGGAUCUUUAAAUGUAAAAUUUAAAUAUCAAAUCCUUUUAGACAACUAUUGGUGCAAUUAUGGGAUCUAAAAAUCAAAUAUAUAUAGGAUAACUUACUCAUAAUAAUAAAAAGACAGGGAGAUUGAUUAUCAAAGCUGAUAAAAGAAAGGAAAUAGGAGAAAAUAAUGAAAUUAUUUGUUGGUAAUGGUAUGCAACAAAAGUAAAAAAUAUGGAUGGAUGGUUUGGUGUUUCUGAUCCAUUUCUGAGAUUUCUAAAAUGGCAUUAAAAUAGUGAUUGGCUAUUAGUACAUGAAACAGAAUUCAUAAAGAACAAUGAAAAUCCUACUUGGAAACCAUUUCAAAUACCUCAUGAUAAAUUACAUGAUGAGAAUCCCUAAUAACCAUUUAAAAUUGAACUUUGGGAUAACUAAACAAAUGGAAAACAUCAGUUCAUUGGAUCAAUUGAAGUUACAAUAGAAUAAAUAAUUUUUAAAGAAAUCCAUUAAUUUAUAGUUAAAACACCAAAAGGAGUAACUUUAGUACUAAUAUUCUAUAGGAAUUUGGUGGUAAUUUAGGAGUAAAAUUUAUUGAAAAAAAAAAUUUUGAUUUAUAAAUGAUGGAUAAACCUUCUUUUAUUGAUUAUUUAAAAGGAGGAGAUUAAAUUAAUCUUAUUAUUGCNUUUAAUAAAUUCAUAAGUAAAUUUUAGAAUUCUCAUUUAUCUUAAUAAGUAAUUUAAUUGGACCAUUUUGAGUUUAAAUUUAUAUUUUAUUUAAACUGUCAUAAUUCAUUAUUAUAAUUAUUAUGUUGUAAUAAAUAAUAGAUAAAGAUAGAGAAAAAAUAGAGUUAUAUUUCUCAGGUAGAGGUUUAGCUGACAAAGAUGUAAUGUCGUAAAGUGAUCCUUAAUGUUAUAUCUAUUUAAAGUAAGGAUAAGACGGAUAUGAGAAAUUAAUUGGCAAAACAGAAGUAAAAGAUAACAACCUUAAUCCUGAUUGGAAAGUAUUACUAUAUCAAUAAUUCUAGACAUCAGUUGUAUUGGACUUUAUAUUUGAAAUAAAUCAGUUCUUAAGGAUUGUUGUUAUGGAUCAUGAUGGGGAGAAAGUUGAAAAUGAUGAUAUAAUAGGAUCUUUAAAUGUAAAAUUUAAAUAUCAAAUCCUUUUAGACAACUAUUGGUGCAAUUAUGGGAUCUAAAAAUCAAAUAUAUAUAGGAUAACUUACUCAUAAUAAUAAAAAGACAGGGAGAUUGAUUAUCAAAGCUGAUAAAAGAAAGGAAAUAGGAGAAAAUAAUGAAAUUAUUUGUUGGUAAUGGUAUGCAACAAAAGUAAAAAAUAUGGAUGGAUGGUUUGGUGUUUCUGAUCCAUUUCUGAGAUUUCUAAAAUGGCAUUAAAAUAGUGAUUGGCUAUUAGUACAUGAAACAGAAUUCAUAAAGAACAAUGAAAAUCCUACUUGGAAACCAUUUCAAAUACCUCAUGAUAAAUUACAUGAUGAGAAUCCCUAAUAACCAUUUAAAAUUGAACUUUGGGAUAACUAAACAAAUGGAAAACAUCAGUUCAUUGGAUCAAUUGAAGUUACAAUAGAAUAAAUAAUUUUUAAAGAAAUCCAUUAAUUUAUAGUUAAAACACCAAAAGGAGUAACUUUAGUACUAAUAUUCUAUAGGAAUUUGGUGGUAAUUUAGGAGUAAAAUUUAUUGAAAAAAAAAAUUUUGAUUUAUAAAUGAUGGAUAAACCUUCUUUUAUUGAUUAUUUAAAAGGAGGAGAUUAAAUUAAUCUUAUUAUUGCUAUUGAUUUCACAGGUUCUAAUGGAGAACCCUCAUCUCCAAGUUCUUUACAUUAUAAUAAUCCUAACAAUUUAAAUUAAUAUUAAAAUGCAUUAAAAUAAGUAGCUGAAAUUUUAUUAAAUUAUGAUUAUGAUAAGAAGGUACCACUUUAUGGAUUUGGUGGAGUACCAUCAUUGCCCAAUUUUACAAAAAAUAGUGUAGAACAUUGGUAAAGAUUAAAUGUAUAUGAAUAGUUUUCCUUUAAAUGGGAAUAAAUCUGACCCUGAGGUAUUAGGAUUGGAUAAUAUAAUGAAUACCUAUUAAAAUGCCUUAAAUCAUAUAAGUUUAAGUGGUCCAACUAUUUUUGGUCCAGUUAUUGAAAAUGCUUUAGAUAUUUCUAAGGCUAAUCUUAAAAAAGAUAUUUAUUCAGUUUUGCUUAUAAUGACUGAUGGACUUAUAGAUGAUAUGAGUCAUUGCUUAAAACUUAUUAAAAAGGCUUAUCGAUUACCAUUAUCUAUUAUUAUAGUUGGGAUUGGAAAUGCUAAUUUUCAUAUGAUGGAAUAAUUAGAUGGGGAUGAUGCUUAACAUGAAAGAGAUCUUGUUUAAUUUGUUCCAUUUAUUAGACAUUCUCAAAUACCAGGAGAAUUAGCUAAAGAACUUUUAGCAGAAUUACCAGAUUAAUUUUUGAAAUUUAAAUAAUUGAUUGGUAAGAAUCCAAAUCCAUGUAAAGAUAUUGAUUUAAGUAAAAUUAAUUGA